CAUACUUUAAGCAACUAUUCUUUUUAUUGUAUUAUCAACUAUGGCCGAAGCUGAUAGUCCUCCAACUGUAGAUAUUCCAAAUAUUUCUAAAAAUGCAUGUAUUGCUGGAAGUUGGUUAAAUAGUAAUAAAAUCAGUAUUUAUGUUGAAAGAUUAAAGAAACAAAGUAAUGUGAAGUAUGACCCAACAGUACAUGUUCUAAGACCAGAAGUAAUUUUAUUUUCACCACAACUACGAAAAUUAGUAAAUGAAAGCAAUGGUGUCUUUUUAUCCAUUCAAAAGAUAAAGUCAUCCUCUGGAGAUGUUAGACCUGAACUUUUAAAACAUAGUAAACAAUAUAGAUCAAUUUUGAGAGCAUGUAUAGAAAGUUUGCAAGAUAUAUGUGGAAAAUCUUUGUCAGAUAAAAAAGAAUCCUUAGAAAAUUUUCUCACCAUUUUUUAUCAAAUAGAAUGUGUAUGGCAUUUAACUGAAAUUCUAUAUGUGGAUGUAGUGCCAGGUGAUGUAGUUUUACCACAGUUGUUAGAAUGGAUUAAAUUUCAUUUUCCAUCUAGAGAACUCAUGGCACUUAAAAUAUUAGCUCAAAAGACAAUUGGUGCAGAUUUGGAACAUACAAAUUAUUGGGAAGCUGUAAUAGGCUGUGCAUUACAUGGAAAAUUAGAUUUAGUAAGGGCUUUAUUAAUAUUACAUAGUAAAGCAGAUCACCCUGCUUUUGUAAUGGCAGAAAAUGUUCUUAAAACAAUGCCUGUGUACAAUGUAUAUGGUGGUUAUUCUGUAAAUGAAUUUACUAUGCGCUGGAAACAUUGGCAGUUAGAUCUAUGUUCAAAUGUAAAUAAUAAUGCUUUUAUCAUUGAUACCAACUUGGAAAUGAUUAUGAAGUUAAUUUCAGGAAAGCAAGACAUAUUAUGGCAAUUUUCACAAUACACAGAUGCUUGGUAUGAACUGUUAGCAGCAAAAUUAUUUUACACCUCUCCAUGUUGUAAACAACCUGAACUUUCACAUCAUGCAAACAGCAUGUCCAAAAGAUGGCAAGCUAAUAGACCUUCUGAUAAUGCUAUACGUGCCUUAAUGGAAAAUAAUUUACACCAUGUUAUUAAAGAAAUACAAUACAUGGGUGAAAAUGGUUGGUUUGCUGCUCAUCUGGUAGAUUUAUUAUAUACUUGUGGAAAACUUAAAAUAUUGGAUAAAGAUCAGCUAGAAGUCAGUAGUCAACUUCAUGAGUCUCUCAUAUUAGAAUAUGGUAACACAUUAAUGGGACAUCAUUCUUUGUGGCAAUGUGGUGCAAGUUAUUUGAUACAUUGUCCUAUUCAAGGUUUAGCCAGGCUAGAGAUACUGUUACAGUCAUUGCCAAUGGGAUCAGAAGCAAGAGUAAGCAAGAUUCUAGACAUAGCAAGAGAUAAUAAGAUGGACCACAUAGUCACCAGCAUAUGUAAGAUUCAAGGAAUAAAAUGCAUAAAACAAGGAAGAUUAGGAAAUGCACUUGCUUGGGCAUUAAAAGCUCAAGAUAGUGGGUUUACAACAUAUAUUGCAGAUGAAUUUUUGAAAUAUUAUGCAGAAAAUGGGAAGCUGGAAUGUCGAGAUUUAUUGGAAAAUUUAGGUUUCUGUAUGAUGGCUAGUGACAGACUGACAUUUUUGGGCAAAUAUUGUGAAUUUCAUCAAAUGUAUGGAAUUGGAGAAUUUAAAGAAGCAGCAAGUUUACUAGUGUCCCUCUUAGUUUCAAAUUUAACGCCUAAAUACUUUUGGUCAAUCCUUUUAUCGGAUGCGAUUCCACUAUUGGAAGCCAAAGACGUAAUUCUAUCUUCUAGUGAUUGCUUUGAAUUAUUACGUUGCGUUGAAGCGCAUGGAGACGAUCCGAAAUUUCAAGGUGAAAUUGAAAUCUUUCGAUUAGCUGUUGCUAGAAACUUGGCUCGAGCGUUAAGUCUUGAAGGUUGUCAAGUGGAGCAUUAG